AUGGCCGGCUCGAAGCGCAGCAAGCUCAAGAAAGCGCUCUCACCACCGUUCACAGCAAAGUCACCAGAAUCCGAGCACUCCAUGGACGACGAUGCGCUCAUGGACGACCUCAUGUCCCAGCUCGACUCCAGAGACACAAACGUCCAGGCCGAGUCGGCCGCCGUACUGAACGAGAUCAACAUCAACAACGCUGCCGAGGCGCCCCCGCCGGCUGCGUCGCCGCCAUCCCAAAAGCAGGAUAGCAAGGCCAGGCAUCGUGCCCGCAUGGAAGGCGGCCGCAGUAGCAGAGCAGCACGUUCCGAGCAACCCGGAGCAGGACGAACGGCUGCAGAGGGAGGCCGCGGAGGAGGAGCGAACGUCAUGCGGAUAUGCGACGAGAACGGGCUUGAGAUGUACGAGAUUAACCCAGACGGACACUGUCUCUUCUCCGCCAUCGCCGACCAACUCGCCCUCCUCCACAUCCUCACACCAAAGCAGGCCACCUACGCCCACACCCGCGCCGCCGCCGCGGCCUACAUGCUCGCGCACCCCGACACCUUCAUGCCCUUCCUCCCCUGCGAGGGCGGCGAGGACGGCGUCGGCUCGACGAGCGACACCGGCAUCAUGAGCCCCGCCGCGUUCGAGCGAUACUGCGCGACGAUGCGCGACACGGGUGCCGCGUACAAGAUCACGAUCAACGUUGUGGGCGUGCCCUCUGUCGUGCCCCAUACCCCAGUCGACUCGCCUGGUGGCGGGGGGAAGGUGGCGUGGAUCAGCUACCAUAGGCGGAUGUAUGGGCUGGGAGAGGUGAGCCGUCUGCCCGCGUUGGGUCUGCCGUACUAA